UGAAUGUGUGUUUGAAUGAGCAGGAGUGAAUUGAAAGGAGCAAUCCUUGAAGGAGGUAUACCAUUCAAUAGGGCUCAUGGCAUGCAUGUCUUUGAGUAUGCAAAGAUUGAUCCUAGGUUCAACGAGGUUUUCAAUAAGACUAUGGUCAACUCCUCCACUAUAUUAAUGAAGAGGACUCUUGAUCUCUACAAUGGAUUUGAGCACAUUAAUAAACUAGUGGAUGUUGGUGGUGGUGUCGGGAACCAUCUUAAAUUGAUCACUUCUAAAUACCCUCAUAUUCAUGGUAUCAAUUUUGAUUUGCCUCAUGUCAUAGAAUGUGCUCCCCUCUAUACUGGUGUGGAGCACGUGGGAGGAGAUAUGUUUGAGAGUGUUCCUAAUGGAGAUGCAAUUUUCAUAAAGAGAGUACUUCAUGAUUGGAGUGACGAAAAAUGCCUGAAGAUAUUAAAGAAUUGCCGCAAGGCUAUAAAGGAUGGGAAGGGGGAAGGUCAUUGUGAUGGACAUGAUUAUUCCCAUUGUGCCUGAGCCAACAGCUAUUGUCAAAGACUCUUUUAAAUCUGAUGUUGUCAUCAUGAC